AUGUACGGCUUGUAUGUGUGUGUGUGUGUGUGUGUGUGUCUGUGUGUGUGUGUGAGAGAGGUACGUGCUGGGCACCGCUGGGGCCACCUUCGUGCCGGUGGUGGGCUGGACGCCGCUGAAGUCGCUGGAGCAGGCGCCUGCCGCGCUGGUGUUCGGGGUCUACCAGCUGCUGGAGCUCUGCGACGUGAUCCGGCGGCGGCGGAAGAGGGAAAUGACCGGCGUUGGCUUCUUCGUCUUCCCAUCGUGAUGUUCGCUGGAGCGGCUGCGGUGGGUGCUGCGGUCUGUUUUGCGCUGUACCAGAUGAACUACUUCUCGCCGUUGAGCUCUCGUAUUCGAGGGAUCUUCCUGAAGCAUCAGAAGACGGGGAAUCCUUUGGUGGACUCGGUCGCAGAGCACUCUCCGGCGACUGCCCAGGCGUACGAGACCUACCUGGGCAGCUCCAGGUACGUCGCUGCUGUGGGACUGUUCCUGUGCUGGCACCAGGGCACGCCCGCAAAGGUAUUCCCUGUGAUCUUCGCAGGAGUCGCGUACACCUUCUCGCUGAAGAUGAGCCGCCUGAUGAUCAUCUGCGGACCUGCGUGCGGCAUGCUGGCCGCGUACCCGAUCGGCAUCGCGUACGACUGGUGUCUGGAGCAGGUGGUCCGCCUUGUCGCUGGCCCGCGGCCCUCGCCGGCGCGGCAGGCGCUGCCGCCCCGGACUGGGGGCAUGGGCUCCAUCCUCCGGUGCCUUGCGCCUCUGGCCUGCCCUCCGGAGCUCAGCGACCUGGCGGAAGCGAAGGAGCGGCUUGCAUCCCGCUGGCCCCUCCUCGACCGGCCCGUGCGGCUGGCAGUUGCCUUCCUCGUCGUGGGGUCGAGCUUCUCGGUGCUCUUGAACAAGCGGUCCGAGUGGGUGAGGUUCUGCGAAGACCGGUCGUACGGCUUCUCCUCGCCCGGGCUGGUGCAACAGAGCAGGCAGGGGGGGCUCAUAGACGACAAAUACGUGGGGUACAAGUGGCUCAAGAAGAACACGCCGCCCGACGCCCGCGUCCUCUCUUGGUGGGACUACGGCUACCAGAUCACCGGAAUCGGGAACCGGACGUCCAUAGCGGACGGGAACACGUGGAACCACGAGCACAUCGCGACGAUCGGGCGUAUCUUGUCCGGCCCCGAGAAGAAGUCCCACAACACCAUGAAGCAUAUCGCCGACUAUGUUCUUGUGCACGCUGGCCAGCAGGAAACAGACCUCCGCAUCUCCACCCACUUUGCACGCAUCGGCAACUCGAUCUUUCCGGACAUCUGCGGUGACGACGAUCCCACGUGCUCCAGGUACGGCUUCAUGGCUGGAGGCGAGCCGUCCAAGAUGAUGAGGGAGUCUUUCGUCUAUAAGGCGGUGAAGCAUGGAAGAGACGGGAUCAAGCUCAGCUCGAAGCGGUUCGAGCACGUUCACGACACCAAGUAUGGAAUGAUCAGGAUAUUCAAAGUUCUGAACGUGUCUCAGGAGUCCAAGGAUUGGGUGGCAAACCCUGCAAACAGAAAGUGCGAUGCACCUGGGAGCUGGUAUUGUGUGGGGCAGUAUCCUCCAGCGCUGGCCCCUCUUAUCGCGAUGCGGAAGGACUUCGCACAGCUUGAGGAUUUCAACAAGAAGAACAGAGAGAAGAGCGCCUACACGAAGAUGAUAGAGGAGAAGCAGAAGAGGGGCGAGAUCUGA